GGAGGCCGGAAGUUGCGCGACAGCCGGCGCCUGUACUGCUCGCGGUCCGGGACCCGAGCGGAGAUCGGAGGUGCUAUCAUGGCUUCCAGCGGCGUGACGGUGAACGCUGCUGGCCCGGCAAAUGAAGCCCCAGAGAUUCCGGACAAUGUGGGAGACUGGCUCCGGGGCGUCUACCGCUUUGCCACCGACAGGAAUGACUUCCGGAGGAACUUGAUCCUCAAUUUGGGACUCUUUGCUGCCGGAGUUUGGCUGGCUAGGAACCUCAGUGACAUUGACCUAAUGGCCCCUCAGCCAGGAGUGUAGCCAAACAAAUGGAGUUCCUGUGCUGUAUCCACACCUUCCAAAAACAGAGCCUACCAUCUGUGACCACCACAAGAUAAGGCUGGAUGGCAGCUGAAAUUUCUCCUUCCUUAACUCCCUUCUCUGGUCAGCAGUCAGCUUUAGCUGAAGUGUUGCCUCUGUUCUAUAAAGUUCUGUACAUAGUUCCCAAGUUUCUGCAGGGGUGAUCCUUGUUCAUGUCCUAAGGAGUAAUAGUGGUGUUUUAACAAAUAUUUGAAAUAAAGACUACACACUGAGACAGGCAUUUUAUUCUUUUAAUAAGAAACUUCCGCUUACAAAACAAGGUGUAAAAAGUCAAGAUUUACAAAAAUCAUAAAAACAUGAUUUCUAUUUCACGCUCAAAAGAGACAGGAACAAGUCCCAAACAUGGAUUGUAAUGGAGGUUGUUGGCCUCAUUUUAAAAGACAGAGAGGUGGAGACUGCAACCACCCACUACACGUCGAUGCUAACAUAACAUGAAGCUUAUCACUGAGGCAUUUCCACUGUUGAGUAGUACUUGGGAAAAGCCAUUUGGUGUUGCAUAGCAUUUCAGUGCACCAGGUGGGUUUUCCAGGCACCAGGGAGGCAUUGUUUUUGGAACAGAGUGAGGUUUGGUGGUAGCAAGAGGGCAGAUGUGGAGGCAAGGUGGAAGGAAGCUGCUUGCUUCUUUCAUAGGGAAAUAGAAGCUUUCUGACCCUAAAAUUCAUGCUAGUGCCACUGUCCAGGGGCUUGGGGUUCUUUGGAAUGGUAUAUGGAAAGAAUUGGCAUGGAAAGACUCAUGUAGCUAUAGAGAGGUGGAGACAGAUAGGUAGUUCUCCAUGGUAACUGGUUUCUAGUUGACUUACUCUACUAGGCAUUUUUAGAAAUAGUGAGUUUAUGUGCCAGGUCUCCUAUGGAACUGGUGUGGGAUUAACAGACAUAAAUUAGAAAGGUGGAUCAGUAUAACCAUGCAGUAAUUGUUACACAUGUUGCCAUUAGUAAUUUAGUGCUUAGUACCUCUACCACUAAAGGUGAACAGGACAAAACAGCCUUUUUGAUCUUGCUGGCAGGAAUCUCGGUAAGCUGUUUGAGGACUGGAGGUGUAACUCAGUGACAAAGCGUUUGCUUUGCAUGCACAAAGCCCUGGGUUUGAUGCCCAGGACAAAAAAGGAAAGAAGAGGACAGCUGUUGAGAUUUCUUUUCUUCUGUGUUGGAAAGGUGGUGAGAUGGGGUGGGAGGGGCACACCAUUCUCGUGAAUACUCAUAGAUCCUGAUAGGAGGAACAAACUAUGAGCUUGUGUGAAUUCAUGCCUGGAGUUGGUUUAAUAUUAAACAAAACUUUUUUAAAGUCUAUGCUGGGAUAAUAGGUGCUCUGAGGGGUGUAUAUCUUAUUAAGAUGAAGGAUGGUCAUGAAUAUGAGAGCAGUACUUAAAUUUGAAGCUAUCACCUCUCCGUAAGUGGUGACCAGAAGGAAAUUUGUAAGCCACAGCAUAGAUGCUGAACCCCUUCAGACCACUGCUAAAAUGAAAAAUACUAGCACCUCCUGAUCUUUAUAGGACUGAAACUUACAUCCUUAAAAUUUACUACUUGAUCUACUCACAACUGAACAGUUUUAUUUCAUAAAAAUUUAGGAAUGAAAUUUAGAUCCUUAAAACUUGCUACCUAAUCUACUCACAACUGAGUAGACAAUCAAAAUCCGGCAAGAAUUAACACAUGGCAACUUUCAAAAGCAUAAUUCAAAAUUCACUCAAAAUUUAAUGGUUAUUGUCAAGUAACAGUAUUUACUAUAUUGGCUUUUGUUAAAAAGAAUUUUUUUUCGGUACAGGGUAUUGAACUCAGGACUUUGCACUUGCUAGCCAAGUGCUCUGCCACUUGUGCCAUGCCUCCAGUCCUGUUGAUUGGCUUUUAAAGCCAUAAUGUAGAUUGGGUAAAGUUUCAUUUAAACUGGCUUAAUUAUUCAAAGUGAUAAGACUUUAGUAAAUAAAGCU